AUGGAUGCCGAGCGGCCCCCAUAUCCUAUCUCUCAAACGCAGGCCAGUGACAUUGAUCCUCGUCUCCAAGAGUCGGUCCAAGUUCCCCAACAGUAUUCAAAUCUCCCCCCAAUCAGCUACAUUCCCGCUCAUAGCUUGCCUCCACCACCUCCUCCACCACAGCAGCAACAACAACCAUCACAGCACCCCUACAGCGCCCCACACCACUGGCAGCAAGAUGAUUACAAUCCGUAUUAUGGCCCCCCGCCAGACCAACAGCAUCCGCCAAUGCAACAGGCCGCUAAUUAUCAAGCAUAUCAGACCAAUUCGGAGGCGGCUCCAUCGUCCGCAGAAGCCGGGUUCAAUAAUGACACCAAACGGCCGAGAGCCUGUGAGGCGUGCCGCGGACUCAAGGUGAGAUGCGAACCGGACCCGGGCACGGGGCCUUGCAAGAGGUGUAGGAAGGCAAACCGCAAUUGUGUUAUUACGGCCCCGAGUCGAAAGAGGCAGAAGAAGACGGACAGCAGAGUUGCCGAGCUGGAAAGAAAGAUUGAUGCUCUUACAGCCAGUCUACACGCUACCAAAGAAGGCAAUGUCAGCGGAAGCGAAGAUGAUGGAUACGGAGAUGGAGACACACCACAGAUCGAAUCUUCAGAUGGCAGAUCUAACCAGCCGACUCCCCCAUACACUACCACAUCGGCUGGUACCAGUCGCAAGAGACGCUUGUCCGAGUAUCAACAGAGUGGAAGCUCUGGGUCGCGUCGUUUCAGUGGUUCCGAAGCCAUGAGUCAAAUCUCUCCGGCUAAUGUGGCCAACAUGGGGCCGCGACUGUUCGCACCGCCAAAGUCGGAGGCCGGGGGUCCAGAUCUCGAGCCAAGAAGAGAGGUAGACGCUGUCAUUUACGGAGAGGCAGAUGUCGUCGGCCGGGGUAUUGUACAUGCAGAGACUGCCAAUGGGCUUUUCAGGCACUACACCGAUCACAUGGCACCUCACAUGCCGAUCGUUGUAUUUUCACCUGACGUCAGGCCCGAUGCUACACGCAAGAGAAGCCCAGUCCUGUUCCUCGCUAUUCUUAGUGUCGCCUCCGGACAAGACUAUCCCGACUUACAAGCUACACUCACGAAGGAGAUCAUGCGAAUCCUAGCAGACCGAGUUUUCAUCCACGGCGAAAAAUCUUUGGAACUGGUCCAAGCUCUGCAGGUAGUCACAAUUUGGUACUGGCCUGAGCCUAACGGUGACUCGAAAUACUACCAAUUCAUCUACAUGACUGCUAUCAUGGCGAUAGAUCUUGGCAUGCACAGGAGACAGCCUUUACUAAUUGUUAGGAAGGAGCAGAUUCUUGGCCUUCCCAAGCCAAAGUCCUACCUGUCCGAUCCCUGUACAACCGAAUGCAGACGCGCCUGGCUAGGUUGCUACUUGUUGUGUUCGAGCAUAGCAAUGGGAAUGAGACGACCAAAUCUGGUCCAACCCAGUUCACAUACGGAAGACUGCCUCAAAGCUUUAGAGAUAUCAGAAGAUGCUUUCCCAUCUGACAAGAUUCUCUGUCGAUGGGUACAGCUACAAAGGUUAGCAGAUGAAUUUGCAGCGCAGGCGUCAGCAGAGGAGGAUUCCGAAAUCACUGUGGAAGCCCGCGACGCCAGGACCCGAAGCGCACACGCACACUUUGCGAAGCAGGUAUCGGAGUGGGAGGUGCGCAGUUUUUCCGAGCUCAGAUCAAGGCCACUGUCGUUCGCUCUCAACGUGGUGAAUCUCUACAUGCACGAAUUAGCAAUGCAAUAUUACGUGGGGGUUGAACCUGCCAUAGUACCAGGCGCUCGAGGCAAACAACGAAUUGAGUCAUCUCCGUCUACCAUGGCAGACCCGUCGAACACGCCUCUAUCCUCGACCCUUGGGAUGCUGGACAAUUUCCUGGGCCUGAGUGUCCAAGGUUUGCGGAGUUUGCCAGUAUUCCAAUUUGCUCAGAUUGCCCAUGGAACCUUGACUCUGACGAAGAUAUUCAAUUUUGGAAAAGCCGACCCGGAAUAUCGCAAGCAAAUGUCGCUCAGCGCGGAAACGGUUGAGCAGUAUGUGGGCCGACUGAUCGACUUACUGCGUACCGGUGCCGAAGGUGGAAAGUCUCUUCCAGCACACAGCUUUCUAAUGGUUCUCCACGCGUCUCUCGAUUUGUUCCAGGAGAUCAAGCACAUGACCCUUGGAGAAAUCAAAGAACAUUGCGGUGGGAAGUUUCCGGCGACGAACUUUAUUCAGAUACUCGAUCUUCACGAGCCUACGCCCACCCCUAGACAAUGGAACUACUUGGGCGAUAAGUAUCCGCUGGAGAAGGACGUGUUCCCAGAGGGAGCACUGCACCUUCUGAGUGAGGUGGCCGCCAUGGGAAAAUCGAACGUGAACGGCUACGGAGUGAAGGAAGGCCAACUCGGGCCUCAACAGGUUGCAGCAGCGGCCGAGGCCAUGGCAGCGAGUGAGGAUGGCUUCGCCAGCGCCGUGCGUAAGAUGUCUACGAAUGGCGUGUAG